AUGAACAGGACUGACUAUCAUUCUUUAGCAACACAGCUGCACCCCGUACUUCUCCGAAGACCCUUGCCUCCAAAGCUCCCUACGUUGCCUUUAAUUAAGAAAAGAGUUCUCACAGCCCCUCCUGAUGGAUCUGAGAAGACCCAUGUAAAAUUGCCCCACGAUGAAAGCGCAUCGGUAAAAAGCGACCAUGGUGCUUCUCAGUCACAGAGACCUAUCAGUAUUCAAAGUAUCUCUCUUGACCAUGACCGUAAGGCCUGUGAGAGAGUGGUUAACAUUUUACCACGUAAACGCGGCUCUCGCCCCUUCAUACACUGGAAGAUCCCACAUAGUGCUGCUGGUUCCAUAUUUGUUCCAAGCUGUCUGUCGGCAUCCUCUCGAGUUUUUAGGAAAAAACUACGCCAAAUAAGGAGAGCCAGAAAGGCCAAGAAAAAGGAAGAAAAAAGAGAUGCGAUUUUCCCGGAUAAGCCAUUUAGAAACACUUUAAUUCUCACCAAUCAGUUUUCCAAGCCUUUACCCCCUUCUUACUCUAGGCAUAUAAUCUCUAAACUUAAGGUACCACGUGCUGAGCCUCACCCUGUACCAAAGUUACCAAAGUCUCCAGACUAUACUCAAGAAGUUACUCUUCCGAGAUCUGAAAGCCAAACACUGCUCAGCCCUAUACCCAGCUCCUCAUCUUUAGUACCAGAACCACGGUGGUCCGAACGACCGCCACGCCCCUUCGCAAAAGUAAGUCAACUGGUACUGAACAUCGCUACCCUUCCCGCAGCCCAUACUCUGCCAACGCCUGUGUUACCGAGAAGACCUCCGAGACAGAUGGUAAUAGAAACUGUGGCAGACAGCGGAAAGGUAGAAGCCCCUAGACAGCCUGAUGUGCUAAUUAGAAUCGCGAGAAGAGUGGACCCCGAGGCCCACGUGUUACAAGGGGAAGGCUUUAAGACUAUCACGGCAACCCGCUACGAGACAGUAAUGGCGAUGAGCAGCCUGGCCAUAAUAAAUUGCCAAUUAUAUGGAAGAAAUGCACUUAAUCUUAAGGGAUUCUUUCUUCUGCACUGUCCAGACUUAACACCGAUUGCUUUUCAAUUGGUAUACCUUAAUUUAUCAUUUAAUGACCUCAGCAAGUUUCCUAUGGAAAUCCUUCAGCUUAAAAAUCUACAAGUACUGAAACUGAGAAAUAACCCUAUCAGAGAAAUUCCUUUUGAAAUCCAGCAAUUGAAGUACCUUAGGAAUUUCUCCAUUGCCUUUAAUUUUAUUAAAGAGCUUCCUUUUGGGUUAUUUAACCUGGCUUAUCUUGAGGAACUUGACGUUUCCUACAAUGAAAUUUAUAAUAUUCCGAAUGAAAUCCAGAGACUCAGAUCACUUGAGAAGCUGAUUGUCGAUGGGAAUUACAUGACUUCUUUUCCACCUGGGAUUUUAAGGCUGAACUUGACCAAACUCCAAUUCAAUAAUACGUUCACUAGUUGCCAUUUUUGGUCAGAGUAUUGCUGUAACAACCCCCCACGACUAACUCAUAUUUGUGCUUUCUUCAUUGUCAAAAAUGAUCUACAUAAAGUUUAUGAUUUCAUCCCAAAGAGAGCUCAAAGGUGUUUAAGAAUCACAUCCAGGUGUGACUGGUGUCAUGGUCCCAAGUAUGGUGAAGGUUUUCGCAUCAUCCGAUCCUGUAAUAUGUUUGGAUCAAUCCAGAUUCCUAUCAUGUUCUUUGUCUGCUCUUCUCCCUGCUAUCUGGAGAUCAGGGAGACCAGUUUUGUUUUAGAAGGUUUUCCUUGUAGAAGAAUAGCUCUAAAUAUGGACUGGGUGAAAGAAGGGAGAGCUAGUGAUGUAUAA